UUUCCGCGUCAACCGCUAGGUUGCAGCGCGGCUCGAGUUCUAUUGUUCCAUACGGAAACGUACACAUGCCCUCAGUCUGUCGCGCGACCUGAACGAAGAUGGAGUUACAGCAAAGUUUUGAUACCGAGCUUUUCAUUGAUGAAGUUGAAAAACGGCGUGCCAUUUGGGACUUUGAGAGUGAAGAUUACAAAAAUCGGGUGUUGAAAAGGUCGGCCUGGGUAGAGUUAGUGGACUUGUUUUUUGAGAAGGAUGCUACAGUGGAACAGAAGAAGAUUUACGGUAAGUGGUUUUUAGUUAACCCUGGAGAGGUGGAUAUAAUUCUACAGCUCCAAGACAGUGCUUCACUUCAAAAAAGAUGGAAGAAUUUGAGAGACAGUUUUGCAAGGGAGCUGAGAAAGAAAAAGACUACUAAGUCAGGGUCAGCAGCAGUAAAAAGCACACCUUACAUAUAUUUUCAAAGAUUGAUGUUUUUGGAAAACACCAUGCGAAAUAAGGAAACUCAAAGUAGCAUCGAGGAAGAUGAAACCACCGUCUUGCAAGAUGUAGAUGAACGAUCAGACAAUGAAGAUUUGACCAUGCCUCAACGACCUCUUAGCAGUGGAAUUAAAAGACCUAAAAUGAACCCUGUGGACAAGCACUUCUCUGAUAUCUUUGGAGAAAGUCAGACGUUGCCAGAAAGUGAUGAUGAAGAUAAGCUUUUUUGCUUGUCCUUGUAUAAAGAACUAAAAAGAGUACCACAGCAUGUAAGGAUAAGGACUAAGAUACAACUACUAGAAGUAAUUCAACGUGCACAAGACAUUCACACACAACCACAAGCAUACGCUCCUACUCCACAUAACCCACCCUACAACCGCAAUCCGUACAGCCAAGGUCCAUCAACGACAGGAUAUGCCCUACAACGUACAGCACACAACUUUAUGAACCCUCAUGUACCAGUCUCCCAUAACUUCAACGAACCACAUCCCACACAAGCUACAUCACCUACAGACAGUGUCAUGUCACAGGAAAGUUUAAUGGAACUGUACGAGUAAUGUCAACUACAACACACGUGUUAUAGACUUUUCAUUUAGUGUGACUAGGGUAAACCAUACAGUCAUUGGCACUAGUACAGUCAUUGGCACUUUGUAAUUAUUUUGUUCAUUACAAGAUUUAGGUUGGCAGCAUUGAAUGCCAACAUAGUUCAUUAGAUACUCUUAACAGUU